AUGUCUCCCCCACCAACACCACCCGACGAGAAGCAGACGGAAGAGCAAAAGCAGACCCAAAAAGAAAAGGUUCUCGCCCAAGCGACCGCCAAGCUCGAAGAGGCACAGAAAGAGACCGAAGCCGCGCAGGCGCUCCGCGAGCGGGCCGAGGCGACCGAGGACCCGGGGGAGAAGAAGAAGAUACUCGCCGAGGCGGCGGAGCACGAGAAAAAGGCACAGGGGUCGGCUAAGCAGUCAAAACGGCUGCAGAGCGGCGUGUGGCAGGGCGGCAUCGGUGGCGCGGGCAUCGGAGCCGGACUUGGUACGGGACUGGGCGCCGGGGUGGGUACGUUGGUGGGGGCUGUUGUCGGCGGUGUCACAGCUAUCCCUACGACAGGGCUCGGGCUAUUGGUUGGCGCUGGAACGGGUGCGAUACACGGGCCUUGGUAUAAACUGGAACAGGAGAAGAAGGAGGCUGAGGAGGCCGAGGCGAAUGGGGAGGAUGGGGAAGAGUCCGAGGAUGGAGAAGGAGCUGAGAAGGCAGUCAAGGCCGGGUGA